UACAUGCAGUUGGUCACAUGUGUAGAAUUAGAUUGUGCAUAAAUGAAAUAAACAUGAUAAAUAUCACAUAAUCAUCUCUUUACCAUAAUAAAAAUACAGGAAGAGCUCUGAUUAUUUCUGAUCUUUCACGUUAACCGUCUUCCUUUCUUCUUGCAGGUGUCACAUUUAUAGCAUCUGACUCAGUCACUGACAAAGAACAAGAUGAACAAAUACAGGAAGCAGAUGGCAGAGCAGUUCCUGAGUCAGGCCCUGGGCAUCAUCUGCCUGCUGACCGGAGAGGAAUACACCCUUGUGAAGAAGAGGCCCUCCCACAGCAGCGUUCAACAGCUGAGUGGAGAGAUGCCUAUAAAGUGUGAUGAUGUUGCUGUAUAUUUCUCUAUGGAGGAGUGGGAGUAUAUAGAGGAACACAAGGAGCUUUACAGGGACGUCAUGAUGGAGACUCACCAAGCAGUAAGGACUACGGAGAUCCCAGGAAAUGAAAUUUUCGAACUAACAAGUUACAGAGAUGAAAAUCUAGACACAGGAGCACAUGGAGAACUUGUACAGAAUAUUCAGCCAGUGGAGACCCCAUCAGAAGUCUCUGCAGAACUAACAGGUCACAGUAAUGAAAAUCUAGACACAGGAUCACAUGGAGAACUUGUACAGAAUAUUCAGCCAUCAGAUGUCUCUGCAGAUGACAUUAAUACUAACGUAGAUGUUAAAACAGAAGAUCUGAGUGUAACGUGUCAGCUGGAAGCUCCAAUGCAGGACAUGUGUGACAGUGACAAUGCAGGUGAAAACGAUUCUAGCAUUUUAUGUAACACAGAACAAACAGAAGAUCAGAAUAUGCCAGAAGCUGCAAAGCAGGAAAUAUGUAACAAUAUAAGUACAGAUGAAAACGAUGCUAAGGUUUCAUGUAACAUGGAACAAACAGAAGAUCAGUGGCUGAGAAAUGUCAAACCAUCAGAGCAGCAAAUUUGUGACAAUAUAAGUACAGGUGAAUUCACAAACUGCAGUAAUCUUAGUCAUAAUCAGAGUGCAGAUGCUUCUUUACAUCUUCUUCAAAAUCAAAGAAGCCACGUGGGAAAUUUAUGUUCUGAAUGUGGAAAAUGUUUUCUUAAGAAAUCACAUCUUCUUAAACAUCUAAAAAUUCAUACAGGAGAAAAUCCAUUUUUCUGUCCUAUAUGUGGGAAAUGUUUUAACCAUAAAAAUAUUCUUGUUGCUCAUCAGAAAAUUCAUACAGGAGAAAAAGGAUUUUCAUGUUCUGACUGUGGGAAAUGUUUAACUCGGAAAUCACAUCUUAUUGAUCAUCAGAAAAUUCAUACAGGUGUGAAAACAUUUUCAUGUUCUGAAUGUGGAAAAUGUUUUACGCGGAAAUCAAAUCUUAUUAGGCAUCAUAAUAUUCAUACAAAGGAAAAGGGAUUUUCAUGUUCUGACUGUGGGAAUUAUUUUACUCGGAAAUCACAUCUUCUUGAUCAUCAGAAAAUUCACACAGGAGAGAAAGAUUUUUCAUGUUCUGACUGUGGGAAAUAUUUUACUCAGAAAUCACAUCUUAUUAGGCAUCUCAGAACUCAUAUUAAAAGAAAUCAGAGUGCAGAGAGUGAUACGUAGCUGUCAUCCACACAAUACCAAGUGCUGAUGAUGACUGCAUGUGACUCCCUGGGACGUGCAGUUUUGGAGCUGUUUGAGGUCCCUUCUGCACCUCAAGCGUUUAUGAGGUGACCCCAGGGUGGAUUUGAUUUAAAUCACUAGUUAUUAAUAGCUAGUUAAAUAAUGUUUUUCAUUUUUAGAAUACUAACUUUUCAGAUUAUUUUUCCAGUUUUAUCAGACCAUUACUGAUUUGGUUAUAUAUCAUUAGAUAUGCAUAGAUAGAUCAUUGAAAUUAAUGAAAUUAUUUGGAGGUGAACUAUCUCCAGUUUAAUUGGUUAAUCUUUCAUAUUUGAUCAACUUUUCAUCUGCAAUUUAUUGAAAGAAGAAUAUUAUUACAUUAAUAAUAACAAUCAAUAUAUAGUUUUAUUUAACUAAAACAAUAACAUUUAUUUUUAAUGUUUGCCCCUCCCUCACACUUAGGUCAUUGUACAGAUCUAAUCUACUCCAAACAAUCUUCUAUUCAGUAAACUUCUUGAAACUUAGUAUAGGUUGAUUCUUUGUACAUAGAUUUGCAGGGGAGCAAUGGCAUUAAAGGAAAGUCAAAAUUAAACUUUUAUGAUUGGGAA